AAAAUAAAGCACUAAAAAAACAUAUGUGUGUGGCAUGGCAAACGCCAAAUGCAACUAUAUUUAGUAGGCGCUGUUGUAAUAGAACUACAAAUAAUAAUAAUAACUAAAUGUUAAUGCACAGCAAAAACCAAAAAGGUUAUCAAUUGUUAAAAACAAGUGACACACAUACAAUCAGUCUAUCUCGUUCGGAUUCCGUCUAGUAAGCCUGCAACAACACACACACACACUAGCACAACACACACGCACACACACAACGUGUGUGCUGAACGCGUCCGUUGUUUUUGCCAUUUGCCUCGACGAAAUUAUUUCACGCGCAAAAACAAUUUAGCAACACACACGACGGACAAUUCUUCUGGCAUAGUUUUGUGAUACGUAUAAUUUCAAUUCAUUUAUUUUUUGUUCGCGUUGUUUUUUUUGCGUUUUGUUUGGUUUGCUAUUUGUUGGUUUCGAUUGGAAGGCGAACAAAAUAACCGUUGAGGUUUAUCAAGAAAUACGACAUUAAUUCAUUUUGCCUACGACAACAACAAGAACAAGAGCAAACAACGAUUGCGAGCAGCAGGAACAGCAAACCAUCGAAAUGAGCGUGGACACGUAUGCGCCAAGUUCGGCGCUAUCGUUCCUCGACAUGGACGACAACGAGCUGCUGCGCGGCGCCGACACGCAGCCAACGCAAUACGAUUAUCGUGACUUCACCAUGCCGUCCACAUCGCAGAGUCAGACCCAGGGUGAUCAUCAGCUCGCCGAACUGCAGCAGCCGCGACGCGUGAGCGUGCAUACCAACGAGAUCCAGCCACGUUUGGCAUCCAUCACCAAUGAUCUGGCCGAUCUGCAGUUCGAGGAGGAGGACGACGAGGGCGGCGGUGGUGGCGGCAGUUCGGCGUAUGUCAAAGAGCUGCCCGUGCACGCGUGCAAAUAUUGUGGCAUCCACGAUCCGGCCACCGUUGUGAUGUGCAACAAUUGCAAGAAAUGGUUCUGUAAUGGACGCGGCAGCACAUCCGGUUCGCAUAUCAUCAAUCAUUUGGUGCGUGCCAAGCAUCGUGAGGUCACCUUGCAUGGCGAUGGGCCGCUGGGCGAGACCAUCUUGGAGUGCUAUUCAUGCGGUGUGCGCAACGUCUUCGUGCUGGGCUUUAUACCCGCCAAAGCGGAUUCGGUGGUUGUCCUGUUGUGUCGCCAGCCGUGUGCCGCACAAAAUUCGCUGAAGGACAUGAACUGGGAUCAGGAGCAGUGGAAGCCGCUGAUUUCGGAUCGUUGUUUUCUGCCAUGGCUGGUGAAGCAGCCCAGCGAACAGGGACAGCUCCGAGCUCGACAGAUUUCGGCGGCACAAAUCAACAAACUGGAGGAGUUGUGGAAGGAUAACAUUGAGGCCACAUUUCAGGAUCUGGAGAAGCCCGGCAUUGACUCGGAGCCAGCCCAAGUGCUGUUGCGCUACGAGGAUGGCUAUCAGUACGAGAAGACCUUUGGGCCGCUGGUGCGUCUCGAGGCCGACUACGACAAGAAGCUGAAGGAGUCGGCGACGCAGGAAAACAUCGAGGUGCGCUGGGAUGUGGGUCUGAACAAGAAAACAAUUGCCUAUUUUACGCUGGCCAAAACUGAUUCGGAUAUGAAACUGAUGCACGGCGAUGAGUUGCGAUUGCGCUACGUGGGCGACAUUUACAAUACGUGGAGUGAGAUCGGGCAUGUGAUCAAGGUGCCCGAUAAUUUCGGUGACGAUGUUGGCCUCGAGUUGAAAUGCUCGUCGAAUGCGCCUGUGAAGUGCACGAGCAGCUUCACCGUUGACUUCAUCUGGAAGUGCACAUCCUUUGAUCGCAUGACGCAUGCGUUGCGCAACUUUGCCAUGGAUCGCAAUUCCGUCUCCAAUUACAUCUAUGCCCGUCUCCUUGGCCAUGGACGUGCCGAUGGCAGCGAUGAGGUACUCUUCCGCGGUCCGCAGCCCAAGCUCUAUAGUGCACCGCAUUUGCCGGAUCUGAAUCGCUCGCAAGUGUAUGCCGUGAAGCAUGCCCUGCAGCGUCCAUUGAGUCUUAUCCAGGGACCGCCGGGCACUGGUAAAACGGUCACAUCCGCGACCAUUGUGUAUCAGCUGGUGAAGCAGCAUGGCGGCACUGUGUUGGUGUGCGCGCCCAGCAACACUGCUGUCGAUCAGCUGACGGAGAAGAUACAUCGCACCAAUCUGAAGGUGGUGCGCAUGUGCGCCAAGAGUCGCGAGGCCAUCGAUAGUCCGGUUAGCUUUUUGGCAUUGCACAAUCAAAUACGCAACAUGGAAACCAAUUCGGAGCUGAAGAAAUUGCAGCAGCUGAAGGAUGAAACCGGCGAGCUGAGUUCGGCCGAUGAGAAGCGCUAUCGCAGCCUGAAACGUGGCACCGAGAAUCAACUGCUCGAGGCAGCCGAUGUCAUCUGCUGCACAUGCGUCGGUGCCGGCGACAUACGCUUGUCCCGCAUCAAAUUCACCUCAAUCCUGAUUGAUGAGUCGAUGCAGUCGACCGAGCCCGAAUGCAUGGUGCCCGUUGUCCUUGGCGCCAAGCAGCUCAUCCUGGUGGGCGAUCACUGUCAGCUGGGACCCGUUGUCAUGUGCAAGAAGGCGGCACGCGCCGGUCUCUCGCAGAGCUUGUUCGAGCGGCUGGUGGUGCUGGGCAUACGUCCGUUUCGGCUGGAAGUGCAAUAUCGUAUGCAUCCGGAGCUAUCGCAAUUUCCGUCCAAUUUCUUCUACGAGGGCUCGCUGCAGAAUGGCGUUUGUGCCGAGGAUCGUCGUCUCAAGCUGGACUUUCCGUGGCCGCAGCCCGAGCGUCCCAUGUUCUUUUUGGUCACCCAGGGACAGGAGGAAAUCGCCGGCUCCGGCACAUCGUUUCUCAAUCGCACCGAGGCCGCCAAUGUGGAGAAGAUUACGACACGCUUCCUGAAGGCGGGCGUCAAGCCCGAACAGAUUGGCAUCAUAACGCCAUACGAGGGACAGCGUGCGUAUCUGGUGCAAUACAUGCAGUAUCAGGGCAGCCUGCAUUCGCGUCUCUAUCAGGAGAUUGAGAUUGCCAGCGUGGAUGCGUUUCAGGGACGCGAAAAGGACAUCAUCAUCAUGUCGUGCGUGCGUUCGAAUGAGCGACAAGGCAUCGGUUUCCUCAACGAUCCGCGUCGCUUGAAUGUGGCGCUGACACGUGCCAAAUAUGGCAUCAUCAUUGUGGGCAAUCCCAAGGUGCUGGCGAAGCAACAGUUGUGGAAUCAUUUGCUCAACUUUUACAAGGAUCGAAAAGUGCUCGUCGAGGGUUCGUUGAACAAUCUGAAGGAGUCGCUGAUACAUUUCCAGAAGCCCAAGAAACUGGUGAACAGCAUGAAUAUUGGCGCCCACUUUAUGUCCACCAUGAUGGCCGAUGCCAAGGAGGUGAUGGUGCCCGGUUCCAUUUAUGAACGCAGCAGCGGCUACGGACGACAAAUGCAAUCCAAUCCAGCGCAAGGUCUCAACGGUGGUCCCUAUGCUGGCGGUCCAUUUGGCGGUGGCGGCGGCGGCUUUGGAGCUGGCGGUGCUGCUGCUGGCGGCGGCAACAGCAUGAUGGGACCCACUGCUGGAGCUUAUGGUGGAUAUGGAGGCGGCGGCGGAGGCGCUGGUGGCAACAAUAACUACGGUGGCGGAAAUGCUGCUGGUGGCGGCGGCGGCAACUGGAAUACUGCACAUCUGCAUGACAAUAUUGGUUAUAUAUCGAACGAUCAUGGCGCCGCUGCGAUGGCCAAUAUGCCGGUGCCCGUGGGCAUGUUCAUGAACAUGAGCAACAUACCGCCCCGAUUCUACAAUCAGCAUCAGCAGACGAUUAUGGCAGCCAAACAGAAUCGUGCCAUACAGAAUCAGAAUAGCUUUGCACCGCCCAUGGGUGGCAAUAGUAUUGCUGGUGGACCAGGUGCAGCCAUUGGAUCGGGUGCCAAGAAGACUGGCAGCGCUGCCAGCGGCAAGUUAUCCAAGGCACGAACGGCUGCGACGGCGGCUAAUGGACAAUUGUUGCCCACAGCAAGUGCUGCAUCCUCGUCAGCUUCGUCGUCUGCGGGAGCGGCAGCAGGCGGUGCAACAGCAGCAAGUGCUGGAACAUCUAGUGGCAUUGCGGCGACGCCAUUUAGCCAGCUGCCGACAUCAUUGUCCCUGCAAAUGACACAGCCGAGCGGCUUUGCUCUGUCGCAACAGCCGGAGCUGUCGCAGGACUUUGGACAGAUCUCGCAAAUGGAUGGACUGCUCUCGCAGGACGUUUCCUUCAAUGUGUCAGGCGAACGUAGUUUGAAUCAAUUCUCGCAACCUUACUGAGAAGGUUGAGAUGGCGCGCACACAAUUGCAAACAACAAAAUGUACAACAACGAGAACACUACAAGCAAACAACAAAACAAUUUGAAAGAACUUUGAAGCCAACAAGCAAGCAGUGGCAACAGCAGCGGCGGCAGCGCGGUAGCGAUAAACAGCAACGUCAUGCGGCAGCAGCUUUUGCAUGCGAAAAAAAACAAACAA